AUCCUCAUCUUCCUCCCCGGCAUCGGAGAGAUCGCGUCUCUACAAGAGGAGCUCGAGAAGUUCUCCUCCUUCGCCUGCCCCCUUCAGAUCCUCGUCCUACACUCUCUCGUCUCCCGGGAAGAGCAGGAGGCUGCGAUGCUUCCGGCUACAGCAGGGCACUGCAAGGUGAUCUUGUCGACCAACAUCGCUGAGAGCUCCAUCACCAUCCCCGACGUCCUCUACGUCAUCGACUCAGGCCUACACAGGGGAAUCUUCUUUGACGACACCAGGAACAUGCCGGCGCUGCUAGGAGCAUGGUGCUCCCAGUCCUCGGCCAAGCAGCGUCAGGGGAGGGCAGGAAGGGUCGCCCCUGGCUUCGUCUUCCACCUCUUCCCUCGUGACUUCCAUGACACUGUCAUGCUCCCCUUCGAGGAGGCAGAAAUCUUCCGCGUGCCGCUCGAGAGGACAGUGCUCAAGAUCAAGAUCCUGCUGGAGCAGUUCGGCUCCCCCUCCUCGCUCCUCAGUCAGUCUCUGACCCCUCCUCCCUCAGCUCGAGUCAACUUAGCUAUCAAGGAGCUCUUCAAGAUCGGUGCGCUG